UGAGUGGCCGCUGGGUAAAAAUAUACGUGUAGCAUGUCUGCGGUACAUAUCGGUCGAUUCUAAGGACAUUGUCCAGUCCGUGAACACGCUCGCACGAUUGCGAGCCCGUUAGUGGUCAUCGUACAAGCGCUCACGUCGUCUCGAUUUCCUCCAUCUAUCGUCCUGGAUCCAAAUCACUGAUCUCGAUUCAUCUCGCCUCUUUAAAAAUAGAAAAAGCAAGACAGAUGAAACGUACGUACGUAGAGACCUGAAAAAAAUCAACGGCAACCUGAUCAGUGUACUUUGUGGUUCGAAAAUGCGCGGUACAAGUUACUGUAAAAGUUCUUGAAAACGCCGACAACAUGCCAGCUGGAAUUUCCGCGUUGGCGCCCACAGCCAACGGAGAUCCCUUUGAUCUCGAGCGAAAAAAUUCUCCAGCAUUUACCAUUCUUCAGAAAGAUGGCUUGGACACCAAUCUGCCUCUUCUUCGCGUGAACGAUUGCACCGAGACGGAUCGAUCGGUAGUCGAUGACUGUCUCGAAAACAUGAAAAACAACCUGUUUGAUCGAAAACGCAUCAGCAGAUCGAACGAUCAUUUGGUCCAAGCGAAUUUGCAAUCGAACCAAGUGAAUCCAUUAAGAAGAGAAGCACGAAGCAGAAGCCAGGAAAGCUCGCGUUCGGUGGACAAAAUACCGGCGAUAAAACCUAGUAUGACCUUGUCUACGGAAGACUUCAACGAAGUUCUAAACGCGAAGCUGAAGAAACUUCAGGAACAGGAGCAAGAGAAGGAAGAACAGCGUAAAAGUGCAAAGAAGAAUCAAAUUUUCCGUAGAAAACCAUUCAUCACGACCGUCAAGACAGGCGAAUUUCUGAUGCCGCCGCCGGAAGUUGCGUCUCUUCUCGGCAUCGCAUCAAACUCCAACGACACCGAGGACUCCGAUAAUUGUCCGCUGCGUUCCAAGUUCAAAUCACUCGCGUCGUUAACCAAAAAGCCGGAAGUACGUCAUAGCAGCCAUAUUGCCAGGUGUCCGGUUGCUCUCAAGGCCACCGUCGACUUUACCCUCGGAAUGAUGAACGCGACGACCAUGGCUGCCUCGACCUUGGACGACCGAGCGAAGAGCGCGAAAAGAAACGACGCGACCGAUCAACCGAUUCCUUUUGGGAAUAUUAUGUUUGACCGUCGCGUCGUCCGGGGAAGCACGUUUGCCACUCCUCCUAUCCUUAUCGAUGGAGAACAGUCGAUAGCGGCAAGGCAAGCGGAAGCCAGAAGGAGGAAUUUGGCGAGGAAACGAGCUCAAGCGCAAGCUACCAAAGCUCUGGUCGCUAGAGCAGGUUCGCCACCGCCGGUUCCUGGUCGCAAGCACGAGCCGGUGCAAACGGAAGUUUACCUCGAAGAGCUAUUCGACAAACCAGACGAAACCGAUGUCGCGACACAGACGGACUACUUUUUGGAUAGACCGCCAACACCGAGAUAUUGCCCGGAUAAAGUUGGCCAAGAUGCUAGUACUCAAAUCGAGCCUGGUGACCUGUUCGAUUUCGACUUCGAGGUGCAACCGAUUCUCGAGAUGCUUGUUGGUAAAACGAUAGAACAGGCAUUGAUGGAAGUUCUCGAAGAGGAGGAGAUUGCCGCUUUGAGGGAGCAACAGAGAAAGUUCUUGGAACUACGCGCUGCGGAAAGAGCUGAGGCGCGAAGACUGGAGGAACAAGAAAGGAGGCUGAGAGAAGAGAAGGAUCAACGAUUAAGGCAACACGAAGACGCGAUGAUAGCUCGAAAGGAAACGGAAGAACGAAUCGCAGCGGCUACUCUUUUAACAGGAUAUAUAGCCGAACUUCUACCAGCGGUUCUGGAAGGUUUGAAGAUGUCCGGGUUCCUGUUGGACGAAAUCAAGGCUGAUGUCGAAGAAGGUUUCAUGCCGUGGUUGAUGAAGGAGGUUAAAAAAGAAAUGGGCUACAUGAUCGAGAGCAGGGAAUUACUCAUGGAGAUCGUCAGAGAAAUUCUAGAAAAUCGUGCAGAGGCGUACAAAAAGCUUGGCGAAGAGUACGAUGUCUCCAGGAGAAGGAAACCGUCGAUGGAUCAUAUCGAGGAUGGUGGGGAUGACCCAAAUUUCGUAAAUUACGAACCACCCAUUAUCGAAAAUUCAGACGCCGUUUGAUCAACCGAUUCGACCGAACAUUCUUGUACGUAAAGUUAGAAAAAUAAGCUCGUAUACUAAUA